ACCGCAUUGUGCGAGUACAUCGUGAUAUUGUCGUUAAAUCGUAAGUGACCAUAAUCAGUUAAAAAUCCCAGUGCAGAUCUCAACAAUCGAGAUGAAAUAUUGAGAGAAAAUAGUGAAAAAGUGAUAAAAGUACAGCAGAUGACGAGAUGUUAACAUAAUUCUUCAUUGAUAACGAUUGCGAUUCACUUUCUUAUUCACUUGAUGAAUACAUCGGUACAAGUAGGAUUGAUUUGAAGAGUGAAAAUAAAGCCGACCAGAGAUGGAAAAUGGGGAGAGCAAGGAGACAAUGCGGAAGAAGAAUGCAAAAUUCUUCAUAAAUAAGUAUGUUCCAAUAACGAGAUGGCUGCCGAAAUACUCACGAUUUUACGCAAUUUCUGAUUUCAUCGCGGGAAUUACUCUGGGACUCACUAUGAUACCUCAGAGUAUUGCUUAUGCCGGACUGGCCCAUCUAACUCCGCAAUAUGGUUUAUAUUCUUCAUUCAUCGGUGGAUUCGUCUACAUUUUUUUCGGAACAAUCAAAGAAGUCUCCAUCGGCGCAACCUCCUUGAUGGCCCUCGUUACCGCCGAAUUCACCAGUACAAAAAAUCCGGAUUUUGCGGUGCUACUCUGUUUUUUAGCCGGAUGUGCUGAACUUUGCAUGGGAAUUUUCAAUUUAGGUUUUCUAGUCGAUUUUAUAUCGAUACCAGUAACGUCUGGCUUCACCUCAGCCACAUCAAUUAUAAUCGUUAUUUCUCAACUCCCCGGAUUAGUCGGUGUUAAGAUUAAAUCAGAGAGCAUCAUACAUACUUUAGUACAGCUGUACGAAAAACGUUGGCUAAUACGAUGGAACGAUACUGCACUGGGUAUCACCUGUAUCUUAUUUCUCUUGGCAUUCCGAAAAUUGAAGGACAUACCGUGCGAUGCGAUCAAGCGUCGAAACCAAUCAGCCGGAAUUUUGCUGGAGAAAACCCUUUGGUUUCUCUCGAUCUCUCGUAAUGCACUGAUCGUUGUGAUCACAUCUACUAUCACCUUCAGGUAUCAUCAGGAUGGAGAGUAUAUAUUUAACACUGCUGCCACUGUGAGACCAGGUCUUCCUGAAUUUUCCCCACCUCCUUUUUCCACUCAGCAUGAAAAUGUCACGUAUUCAUUCUACGAAAUGUGCUCCCAUCUCGGCUCAGGGAUUAUUAUGGUUCCACUCAUUGCUGUUCUGGCUAAUGUUGCUAUUGCAAAAGCGUUUGUGCGAGAUGGUCCGGUCGAGGCAACGCAGGAAAUGCUCACCCUGGGUGUGUGUAACAUAGCAGGAAGUUUCUUCAGAUCGAUGCCAACUUGUGGAGCCUUCACCAGAAGUGCUGUGGGCAGUGCCAGUGGCAUACAGACCCCCAUGGCUGGCCUUUACUCUGGAAUUAUGACCCUUCUAGCCCUCAGUUUCCUUACACCUUAUUUCGGAUUUAUUCCCAGAUCCACGUUGUCAGCUGUUCUCAUCGCCGCUGUUAUUUUUCUCAUCGACGUGAAGAUCAUGAAGGUCUUGUGGAGGGGCAACAAAAAAGACCUAUUCAUCGCUGUGGGAACAUUCAUCAUCAGUAUUUUGUUGAACGUGGAGACUGGAUUGUUGUUUGGUACUGUUGUCAAUGCUCUGUUCCUGCUUUAUCUGUCUGCAAGACCAACGGUUGAGAUUCAUUCCAGAAAGACAGUUCUAGAUGACAAAUAUGUCCUCGUUAAACCAGAAAUAGGCCUGUUCUACCCCGCAGUAUCGUUCUUGACGACGAAAAUAAUCAAAGUAGCGUAUCGCGAGGCACGAGGAAUUUACCCAGUUGUUGUAGACUUUGAGAGGCUUCAGGGUAUAGAUUAUACCGCCACCAAAGGGAUUGAAAAUCUCAUCAACGCAUUUGAGGGAAAAUCUCAACAGCUGAUAUUUCUCCACGUCAGCCCUUACGUGGUUAAUUCAAUCGAGAAUUUCGGGAUGACGAAGAAAAUCUACUUCAUCGAUUGCGAGGAUCAUCUCCUAAACGUUUUUGCCAGUGAGUCGACAGAAAUCGACGUGGUGCAUGAAUCACCAUGUUUAAAGAGAAAUAGAAAAGAAGAGGAGACAAUAGUGGUGACCUUCAAGGAACUCCUUGAAAAAUCAGAAAGCAAAGAGCCUGAACCCCAUCCCGAGGUGGAAGCCCUCCUACCGAAUCCAAACUCCACCUUAAGAGCUAUUGAUUCGUCGAAUCGAUGAGAAAUCUGUCCCCCAGAAACAAAAGAGCUUUAGAACAAUCAGAAAUCGUUUCAUCAAUCGAAUGCCACCUACUUCGUGGUAAUGCCUUAACGUCAGGCACGUUCACCAUCGUAGUUCCCGCGCUACCUGUACGUAAUUUGGCGGUUGAAGCUACUCCAUAAGCGUUCGCAAUCUCUCCUAUGAUCAACGGCCGCAAGACAACAGUCAGUGCCAUAAAAAUUAUAUCAUCAUCAUCCCUUAUAAUCUCUGCCUCUCUAUGUUCACAUUUUCUACUAACCAGUAAUUACACAAAUAAAUCACUGAACUAUCAA